AUGUGGGACAAGAUGAGUGACAUUUUUUGCUUUGGGGAUUGGGACUAUUUCAGAUACAUCAAGUCAUGGGUGGACAAGAUGCAAGAAGAUCUUGUCACACUGGCCAGGACAGCAAGUGGAGUCAGCCAGCUUGUUGAUAUUUAUGAGAAAUACCAAGAUUUGUAUACUGUGGAGCCAAAUAAUGCACGCCAGCUGGUGGAAAUUGCAGCAAGGGAUAUUGAAAAGCUGCUAAGCAACAGAUCGAAAGCCCUGGUGCGUCUGGCUGGGGAAGCAGAGAGAGUUCAAGCAGCCCAUCAGUGGAGAGAAGAUUUUGCAAGCAAUGAAGUUGUCUACUACAACGCAAAAGAUGACCUUGAUCCUGAAAAAAAUGAGAGUGAGCCAGGCAGCCAGAAGAUAAAGCCUGUUUUUAUUGAAGAUGCUAGUUUUGGACGACAGAUAUCUUACCAGCAUGCAGCAGUCCAUAUCCCCACCGACAUUUACGAGGGCUCAACAAUUGUGUUAAAUGAGCUAAACUGGACCAGUGCCUUAGAUGAAGUUUUCAAGAAAAAUCGGGAGGAAGACCCCACAUUGCUGUGGCAGGUGUUUGGCAGUGCCACGGGCCUAGCCAGGUACUAUCCAGCUUCCCCAUGGGUUGAUAACAGUAGGACUUCGAAUAAGAUUGACCUUUAUGAUGUACGCAGAAGACCAUGGUACAUUCAAGGAGCUGCAUCUCCGAAAGACAUGCUUAUUCUGGUUGAUGUGAGUGGCAGUGUCAGCGGCCUGACUCUGAAACUGAUCCGCACCUCCGUCUCAGAGAUGCUGGAGACCCUGUCGGACGAUGAUUUCGUGAACGUGGCUUCCUUUAAUAGCAAUGCCCAGGAUGUAAGCUGUUUUAAACACCUUGUUCAAGCAAAUGUAAGAAAUAAGAAAGUGCUGAAAGAUGCAGUGAAUAACAUCACAGCAAAAGGAAUAACCGAUUAUAAGAAAGGUUUUAGCUUUGCUUUUGAACAGCUUCUUAAUUACAACGUGACCAGAGCGAACUGCAAUAAAAUCAUUAUGUUAUUCACGGAUGGUGGAGAAGAGAAAGCCCAGGAAAUUUUUGCCAAAUACAACAAAGAGAAAAAAGUGCGUGUAUUCACAUUUUCAGUUGGUCAACAUAAUUAUGACAGAGGGCCCGUUCAGUGGAUGGCUUGUGAAAAUAAAGGUUAUUAUUAUGAAAUCCCUUCCAUUGGAGCUAUCAGAAUCAACACUCAGGAAUAUUUGGAUGUUCUGGGAAGACCAAUGGUUUUAGCAGGAGACAAAGCAAAGCAAGUCCAGUGGACAAAUGUGUAUCUGGAUGCACUGGAACUAGGGCUUGUCAUUACUGGAACACUUCCGGUCUUCAACAUUACUGGUGGCCAAGAUGAAAAUAAAGGAAAUAUAAAGAAUCAGUUGAUUCUUGGAGUGAUGGGAGUUGAUGUGUCACUGGAAGACAUUAAAAGAUUGACACCACGUUUUACACUAUGCCCCAAUGGCUAUUAUUUUGCAAUCGAUCCUAAUGGGUAUGUUUUAUUACAUCCAAAUCUUCAGCCAAAGCCUAUUGGUGUAGGUAUACCAACAGUUAAUUUAAGAAAAAGGAGACCCAAUGUUCAGGAGCCAGUAACAUUGGAUUUCCUUGAUGCUGAAUUGGAAAAUGAUAUUAAAGAGGAGAUUCGGACUAAAAUGAUAGAUGGAGAGAGUGGAGAGAGAACAUUCAGAACACUGGUUAAAUCUCAAGAUGAGAGGUACAUUGACAAAGGGAACAGAACAUACACAUGGACUCCUGUUAACGGCACAGAUUACAGUUUGGCCUUGGUAUUACCAACCUACAGUUUUUACUAUAUAAAAGCCAAAAUAGAAGAGACAAUAACUCAGGCCAGAUCAAAAAAGGGCAAAAUGAAGGAUUCUGAAACCCUGAAACCAGAUAAUUUUGAAGAAUCUGGCUAUACAUUCAUAGCACCAAGAGAUUACUGCAGUGACCUUAAACUAUCGGAUAAUAACACUGAAUUUCUCUUAAAUUUCAAUGAGUUCAUUGAUAGAAAGACACCAAAUAACCCAUCAUGUAACACGGACUUAAUUAAUAGAAUCUUGUUGGAUGCAGGCUUCACCAAUGAACUUGUCCAAAAUUACUGGAGUAAGCAAAAAAACAUCAAGGGAGUGAAAGCGCGAUUUGUUGUGACUGAUGGUGGGAUUACCAGAGUGUAUCCCAAAGAGGCUGGAGAAAAUUGGCAAGAAAACCCGGAGACAUAUGAGGACAGCUUCUAUAAGAGAAGUCUGGAUAAUGAUAACUAUGUCUUCACUGCUCCCCACUUUAACAAAAGUGGGCCUGGUGCCUAUGAAUCAGGCAUUAUGGUAAGCAAGGCAGUAGAAAUAUAUAUCCAAGGAAAACUUCUUAAACCUGCAGUUGUUGGGAUUAAAAUUGAUGUAAACUCCUGGAUAGAGAAUUUUACGAAAGCUUCAAUUAGGGAUCCGUGUGCUGGUCCAGUUUGUGAUUGCAAAAGAAACAGUGAUGUAAUGGAUUGUGUGAUUCUAGAUGAUGGUGGGUUUCUAUUGAUGGCAAAUCAUGAUGAUUAUACAAACCAGAUUGGAAGAUUUUUUGGAGAGAUUGAUCCAAGCUUGAUGAGGCACCUUGUUAAUAUAUCACUUUAUGCUUUUAACAAAUCUUACGACUAUCAGUCGGUGUGCGAGCCCGGUGCUGCACCAAAGCAAGGAGCAGGGCAUCGCUCAGCAUAUGUGCCAUCAAUAGCAGACAUAUUGCACAUUGGCUGGUGGGCUACUGCUGCUGCCUGGUCUAUUCUGCAGCAACUUCUCUUAAGUUUGACCUUCCCACGAUUCCUAGAGGCAGUUGAGAUGGAGGAUGAGGACUUCACGACGUCCCUGUCAAAGCAGAGCUGCAUUACUGAACAAACCCAGUACUUCUUCGAUAAUGACAGUAAAACAUUCAGCGGCGUGUUAGACUGUGGAAACUGUUCCAGAAUCUUUCAUGUGGAAAAGCUCAUGAACACCAAUUUAGUGUUCAUAAUUGUCGAGAGCAAAGGGACCUGUCUCUGCGACACGCGGCUGCUCGUACAAGCAGAGCAGACUUCUGACGGUCCAAACCCUUGUGAUAUGGUUAAGCAGCCUCGAUACCGAAAAGGCCCUGAUGUGUGCUUUGAUAAUAAUAAGCUGGAGGAUAACACCGACUGCGGUGGCGGUGCUGGCUUAGGUCCCUCCCUGUGGUCCAUCCUCGGAAUCCAGUGUGUCCUCCUGUGGCUGGUAUCUGGCAGCAGACACUCCCAGUUAUGACCUUCUGAAGCCCAAAUCUGUGCAACGAAACUCCAGACCCUGCCGAAACAGGAGCUCUCGAUUGCAUUAAGAGAGAGAGGGUCAAUUGUCAAAGCAGCAGAACAUGAUGUGGGCCCAUCAAAAACAUUUUUUAAUCCAUUCUAUCAAGUCAAUUUUGAUGGCUAGUAACCCUGUAGGAUGGAGUCCCACUGCUCCAUCGGGUGUUCAAGGCUGUAAACCUGUAUGCAGCAGACCUGCCACAUGUUUCUCCUGUGGAGCAGCUAGUGGGUUCAAACUGCCAACCUUCCACUUAGCAGCCAAGCGCUUAACAAAUGCACUACCAGGGCUCCUUGUCACUGGGCCCAUGCCAUGGUAAAACUAAGGCGCAGACUCAUAAGGCACCCACUGGCUGCAUGUCAGGGUGUCAGAUCCUUAAACUUGUGUGAAUGCUGCAUCAUAUAUGUAACAUCAAAGCAAAAUUCUAAUGUGCUCUUCUGGGGAAUAUGAAAAUCUGUCGUUGUAUUGUUGGUGAUUUCAUGUAAAAGGGCUCCCCAUGAAAUUGUAUAUGAAUCAUAAGAAUUGUCCUGAUUGUUACCUGGAAUGUUGACUGGCUGCAAUCCUUGUUCUUUUACCACCAGUAAGAUCCCUAGUGGGGAGAAAAGGCGUUUUGAUGUUGUUUGGGCUUUUUUGUGUUGACAUGUUCUUCUGUUAAAAAAUGAUUACAGCUUUGUAUAGUUACUACUGGGGGGGGGGGAUAUAUAUAUAUAGAGAGAGAAUCAAUGUUGGUCUAAACUACUGAAAACUAAUGGCUAAUUUUCUACAAAAUAUGCCAUGAAUAAAAUGCCUUAUGAAGAAUGGCUUCUCUGCCAACAAGGGUCACUCCAUUCAAGACCCAUUGAGCUCUCGUGGAGUAAAGAAUGGCUGCUUUGAAAAUAAUUCACUGAGAACUUAUUGGCCUAACGGUGCUGGGUGGUGAAAUUUGAAUAUGUGGCAUCGCUCCUCAUAAGUGUAAGCCCUUCAUCCUUGCUUCAAUGUAAUAUGUCCUUCGUUGACAGGACAGCUAUGUCGUGCUAACCAGAUACUUCAGAAUGCUCUGAGAAAAGCUUGUUGGGGGGAGGGAAAAACGUUUUUCUUGUGACAAAUGAACUUUGAUUACAAAGGGGAUUUUGCAUGAUGCUGCUGCUAUUUUAACUUCUUAGUCUUCUUUUUUUCCCUCUCUUGCUGUAGAGUGUAGUCCAUUGGCAAAUUAACUGAGUGACAUAUUGUUAUGUAAGAAUAUGAACUUUGCUGUGUAAUGCACCUAAGUCAUCUUUAGAAAUGUUGUUAAACUACUCUGAAUAUACUGUGCAAUGUAAAUGCUGGACAAUUGGGUUAGGUAAUUGGUGACAUAGGAACCAAUGGAUUUUAUACAGAUUUGUGCUUUUGCCUGAAAACCUAUGUACAGAUAUUUUAAGUACAUAAAACCAGAUUUGACACAUUUAUUUUUUUGAAAAGUACAUAUAUGUUCUCAAUGAAGAUUCAGCGUAGGUUUCCUCUUUGUUCUUUUGAAUCGUAGCACGAAGAACCCAAAAAAUUGCUGCUGCUGCUGCUGCUGCUGCGUUUGUCUCGCUACUUUAAAAGUGGGCUGGUCAUUUGACCAUACUGUCCAUGCAGCUUGGUGAUGGUCUUCAAUAACUUGAACAAAGAGGAAACCUUGAAUUUAUAUGUAUGCACAUGAAUACUUGAUUGUGAAUAAUAAAAAUUGUUUUUAUACAGCCUCAUUAGUGAAAAUGGUCAGUGAAGUAAAUCACAGAUUUCAUUUUAGAUUAAUAUGGUAGCAGAAUAUUAUUUAUGCGCUUAGGGUUUAUUUUCAGGAGUAAACAGUAUUUGCCGAAAGGAUAAAAAAGCAAUGAACAUGUAACUAUAAUAUUGGAUAAUUUUGCUGAAGGCUGAGAGUUUGAUGAUACUGCUUAUGGUACAAUACACUUGUUCCUUUUUUUGAACAUGCCAAAUAUUGGUGUGUGUAUAUGCUGGAAAUUUUCUUAAAUAUAAUUUUAAGUAAAAUCUUAUUAACAAUAUCCAGCAUGCUUGAAUAUGAUUCAAAUAUCAAAGACAUAACCAAUUAUUUAGCAUAGUUUAAAAGAUAUAUUUGUUUUGUUUUUAGCUUUACACACAUUUGUAAUUUCCUUCCACCACCAAUAUACCUUAGGUGCCAUUUGUGUACAUUUCCUUAUUUAAAAUAUUAUUUUUAUCUUAAAUAAAGGGAAGGUGGAAAUGGAAUCACUUUGCCAACUAUAGUUCUAAGAGUUGACAUCAGUUACCAUUUCUAAUGCAUUGUUGUGAUUUUGUAGUAUCAUUUAUAACUUAUAGUGACAUUUUAAAAAACACCAAAGUGAUUUAAAAAAAAUAACUUCUCUAGUGACAAUAUGUUUAAAUCAUGCAGUUUGUUAAUUAAAUAUUUAAAACUUAUUAACUUUUGCUAGAAUAUUUUAAAUCAUGAAAUGGUUGAGAAAGAUUAAAAAUUAUGUUGGUUUCUGUAUGUAAGUGACAUGCAUUAAAACAAUCAGAUUGCUUCCAGCAUACAACAAGCUACCUUAAAAUUAUGUUUAAAACAUUAACUAUCUAUUUUCAUGGCUAAUGCCACUGAUUUAGUAUGUUUUCAUCUACUGAUGACAUAGUUCUUGUUGUGAUCACAGUUAAACUUGGCAUCUCGUGGCAGGGUCCUUCCGAUUUGAUUUCUAUGGCUAUGUAAACAUGCUGACAUACACUAGUUUUGCAAUGAUCCUUUACUUCCUGUAAUAAAAUAAACGUAUGUAUGAUGACAACCACAUCCAUGGUAAUCAAUUGGAUGACUUUAAAUUGCCCUUAUGGCUAGCUCCAGUCUCUCCCUGUUGACACAUUGUUUUCUAAGACAGUAACACUUCACCCAUCAAAUUUCAUUAUCAAACUUGGGUUUAUCCUGGGAGUUUGAAAAGGACUUAAAUUGCAGCCUUUUGUUAAUAUUCAUUUCCAAAGAUGAAACCAUAGAAGAAAUCAAGAAAAAAAUGAGUUUUUUAACUGUCUUCACUCAUUUAACUUAUGCUAGACCCAAGAUUAAUGUCAUUUGUCACUAACACAAAAUCAAAAUAAAAUUUGCAUCCACAUUUAGCUUUGAGGAAGAACUUUGCAAUACUGAUUUCUUCAUAUUUUCUUCAUUUGAACAACCAGCAUUACUGCCAAACACCAAUCGUGGUCCAGAUUUGUAACAGGUUUUUAACAUGACAUACUUCGCAAGUUUGAUUGAAGAAAUUUUUAGGUCCUAGGCCUAUAAGAUUUUAGUAUGAUCUUUUUUCAUGUUUCUAAUGCGUCAGGCAUUAUUGCUUAACUUGGAAAUAAACAAAACAGUGUUGCUGCCAUUUGUAAGUUUUCCUAUAAUACUCCUUUUACUAACUUUAAGACAGGCCUUACUGGGUUCAAAUAGGCAGGAUCCCUUUUAAGUGACCUUUGCAACCCAAGUGUUACUUGCUUAUUUGAUGCUCUAGUAUUUGACAUCUUGUUUAAAUAUUUGUCUGUCUCCACCAAAGCUUCAUUCCUGUCUUAAUUCAAUCCUCCAAUGAUUCCAUCACUCAUGUCAGUUGACAUUAAAACUUCUAGAGGUAUAGAGUCGGACUUAGUGAGACAAAAUGGAAUGCUAUGACUUUUUUUAAAGUGUAGAAUUUCAUUUGCCCAAAAAUUCAAAUAUUAUUAUCUGGAACUUUUAUUGUUUUCUCAUAACAGAAUGUUAAUAUUGUUAAUAUUCAGUGUACAUAUCUGUAAAGAGCAGAUCAAGUAAGCAAAAGUAUCGCGUAUUGAAAAAGUUGCAGACUUUGAAAAAACUAGAGCCUUCCUACCAAUAGUUUCACCUAUCUGAUUUCUAGUUCAAAUAAUUCUAUCAAAAGAUUUUCACCGGGACUAAUGGGAUACUGUCUUGUAUAGAUGCCAUUUGAGUUCACAAUGUGACCUGGCAAACUGUCUUUGUUGUCGUGUGAUUGUUGGAUCCUGCUUGGGGAUGUUCUCUUGAAGUGCUCAUUGUGCAUCCACGCAAAAGACCAAGUGGCUUUUGUGAACACUAGAUCCUUUCCCCCUUUCUUAAGUUCUCUGGACACUUUUGUGGAAAUUCCUAGCCUGAUUAAGAAAAAAGAAAAACAUUUUGUAAAAAUUUGUAUAAUAAUGUUAUAAAAAUAUUUAUAAUCCCAAAAAUGUUGUGCUAAUUAUUGUGCAAAAACAGUAUAUUCAGAAUAAAAGUUUAUUGUUUAAAGUCA